AUGCUCUUUUGGAAUGACAAUAUCGAAACCAUUUCUGCCGAAAUUAUUUUGAUACACCCGGUGGUUUUUUUUUGUAUAUUCAUGCAAAUAUAUUUUAGAGGUCCGUUAAGUACUCUUCAUCGAGCUGUUCAUCGUGCGAGUUCAAAAAUUUUUACCGUCAAAAGUAUCGACCUUCAAAAAUAUGAUGCUGAAUCAGGUUUAACGAGAGAAGAUGUUGAUCAGGAAAUCGAAAUUUGUGCUCGCCUUAAGCAUCCCUUUUUAUGUGAAUUAAAGGAUGUAAUCGCUGGUCAGAAAGCUGUUCAUAUGGUUUUUGAAUUUCUUGACGGCGAUGAUAUUUGUUUCGAGAUAGUCAAAAGAGCAAGUGCUGGAUUCGUCUAUAGUGAAGCAGUUGUCAGCCAUUAUAUGAAACAAUUGAUGCAAGCUUUACAAUAUAUGCAUAACCAAGGAAUCGUACAUAGAGAUGUUCGUCCACACAAUGUUGUGCUUGCAAGUAAAGACAACUCGGCACCAUUAAAAUUAACUGGUUUUGGUGUGGCAAUAAAAUUACCUGCCCCUGAAAUUGUUAUGCGAAAUGCAUUUGUAAAUGAAAAAUUAAUAAAUUUGUUAAAUAUUAUUGAUAUAUGUUUUUUCGGUCGUGUCGGUAUUCCACAGUUUAUGGCACCAGAAGUGGUCAACGAUGUCGAAUAUGGUACAAAAGCUGAUAUGUGGAGUGCUGGCGUUUUGUUAUUUAUUUUAUUAUCUGGUCGUUUGCCCUUUGUUGGUUCACGACAAAGCAUAUAUGAAAAUAUUACAGAAGGACGAUAUUCACAUCACGGUGGAACGUGGAAUUAUAUAAGUAAUGCAGCUAAAGAUUUGCUCAUUCGCUUGCUCACUGUUGAACCAAGAAAACGGUUAUCAGCUGAAGAGGUUUUAAAUCAUGAAUGGAUAAACGAUCGUGAUCGAACAGCUCCAAAAAAGCAUCUUCAAAAUACUAGUAAUAUACUGAACGCAGUGAAUAGCAACAGAUGGUUAAAUCUUCCAUCUCACGAGUCAAUGCUAUCGAUACUGAGUGGUGACUCUCUUCCUGGCGGCGAUACAUGCGAUGCUGAUGGUUGCACACGAAGAGGGCCCGAUCAGAUGGUCUCUGAAGAUAUCAGCGGUGUUGAGAAGGUUAACAUUUAA